AUGGCUCUCGACCUCUCUAACCGUGUCGAUAUCAUCGACAUGCGUGCCCGCCAAACUCCUUCCUCCGCCUCCGUGCGCGACGACAUCCUCGCCGGCCUCAACAAGCCCGUGGGCGAAAAGCAACUCCCCACGCUCCUCCUUUACGAUGAGGUUGGCCUCCAGAUCUACGAUGAGAUCACUACCAAUGCCAAAGAGUACUACCUCUUUCCCGCCGAGGAGGAGAUCCUCAAGAACAAGGCGGAUACCAUCGUGAAGGUCAUGCACUCUGCAAACCCCGCGCAAGAUUCGCUCGAGGAGAAUGUAGUCGAGCUGGGAGCCGGUGCGCUCAGGAAGACCUCCCUCAUUCUCCGUGCACUAUCACGUCAAGUGCCCGAGCCUUUCAACACCCCUCCUAUCAACUACUACGCUCUCGACCUUGAAAAACGUGAACUCGAACGCGUACUCAUGGAGGUCAACCACUCGGAUAUGGGACCCGAACUGCAGGGCAAGGUCUCCACCAACGGUCUCUGCGGCACCUACGACGAGGGCCUCAAGUUCAUUGAGGAUGGCGGCCUUUACGCUCGUACUAGUCUGAAUGACAUCGACACUUCGUUUACUGCGAAGUAUCCCCUCGAGCCAGUUGCGCGCGACGUCUCACCCAGCUCCGACUCGUCGGAUCGGAGUCGCACCGUCCCAACCGAGGGUACGGAGGCUACACCCCCAUUAACCCCUAGCGUCCAAACGCCUCUCCACAUCCUAUUCCUGGGGUCUUCACUUGGCAACUUCACGCGCGGGGAAGAUGCGCGGUUCCUCAAGUCUUUGCCCCUUCGUCCGGGCUCUGGCAACACCUUGCUGCUCGGCCUCGACCACGGCAGUGACGGAAAGCAGAUCGAGGCCGCAUACAACGACUCCAACGGCAUUACGCGCAAGUUCAUCAUGAACGGGUUAACAUGCGCCGGCCGAGCGCUCGGCGACGAGAAGCUUUUUGAACAAGACAAGUGGGAAUACGUGGGGCGUUACAAUGAGGAGCUCCGCCGUCACGAGGCAUAUUACAGGUCCACAUGCGAUCAGACGGUCGUUGACCCCGGGAGCAAAGCAUCCUUCCCAUUCGUAAAAGGGGAGCUUGUACGUGUCGAGGUUUCCAACAAGUUCUCUGAGCGCGAUGCCUAUGCGCUCUUUACGGAAGCAAACCUUCGCCCGGUGCAUCGCUGGACGGACAGCUCCUCCCAGUACUCUCUAUGGCUCCUGGAACGCCCACGCUUUUCGUUCCCGCUACUCACCUCCCCUGGCCGCACCCAGGAUGCCUCGCGUUCUCCAUUCUCUCUCCCCACUAUUGACGAGUGGCGGCACAUGUGGGCUGCCUGGGACUUCAUCACACGCGAGAUGAUUCCUCAGUCGAUGAUGUUCGAGAAGCCUAUCGACCUUCGGCACAUCUGCUUGUUCUACUGUGGACAUAUACCCACGUUCCUGUCUAUCCACCUGGCGAGACUGCUCAAGGAACCUGGUACCGAGCCUGUGGAAUUCAAGCGCGGCAUCGAUCCUAUCGUCGAUGAUCCGACACAAUGUCAUCCUCAUUCCGAGGUGCCUCUGCACGACGAGGACUGGCCCUCCCUGCGCAGCAUCUGGGAGUUCCAGGCCCGCGUGCGGACUCGAGUACACGACCUCUACGAUGAUAUUGAGUCUGGGAAAGUAACGCUCACUCGCAAGAUCGCCCGUGUACUUUACAUGACCUUGGAGCACGAAGCAUUUCACGCCGAGCCGGAGACCCCAGCCGUCACUCUCGGCCCGGCCACGCUUUCCAUGGGCCACGACGACGACGAAGCCGACGAUGACUCGACGGAAGUGCUCAGCCACGACUUCGGCUGGGACAACGAGCACCCGAAGCGCACCGUGCAAGUCGAACGGUUCCGCAUCGAAUGGCGACCUGUUACCAACGGACAGUUCUUCGACUUCUAUGUGAAGGAGGGUGGCAAGGACCUCGUCCAGCUCCCGAAGAGCUGGGUGGAGAUCGACGGGGAGAUCUUGGUGCGAGCCGUGUUGCUUUUGCUUCACCCUGGUGCGACGCUGUACGGCCCAGUCCCGAUGAAGAUCGCUAGGAACUGGCCGUUCGCGUCGUCGUACGACCACCUCUCCAAGUACGCGACCGUCAAGGGUGGACGUAUCCCCACCGAGCCUGAGCUCCGUCUCUUCAUGGACAAGUUCGAGUGCGGCUACGAGGGAGGCGCGAACAUCGGGUUCCGCAACUGGCAUCCAAUUCCCCGGUGGCACAAGGACGGAGGGAAGGGUCACAAUGGCGGGUUGUGGGAAUGGACGUCGUCCGUUCUCGAGAAGUAUGACGGGUUCGUGCCGUCGAAGCUGUACCCUGGGUACUCGACCGAUUUCUUUGAUACCCAUCACCAGGUUGUGAUCGGCGGAUCGUACGCAACGAUUCCUCGUCUGGCAGAGAGGCGCACGGUGCGCAACUACUACCAGCACAAUACCCCUACGCGUGCAGCAUGUUGGAGAGGAGGCGACACGUUCAUAAGGCCCGACAUGAUAACGUCGAUGUCAUCGCUCGACGGCGGGGGGUCUUCCAGCGCGGCGGCCGCGGACUUGACCCGGGUGUGGUCGAAGAGCUCGUCCUCCUCCAGCUUCUUCACCGCCGCGCGGAGGUUGUUCAUCACUUGCUCAAACAUUCUGCAAGCACGCGCACAGCGUCGUCAGAACUCCGGCGUGCGUAGAAACGAGAGCCAGAAAGAAGACGUACGAUUCUCCUCAGCGGGGGUCAGCUUGUGGCGCGAGGACGGGCGCGGGAGGACGAGCGGGUCGCGGCUCGCCUCCUCCUCUUCCGCGCGGGGGUUGUGCAGGCCGAUCGCGUCUUCGCACUUGCGCUCGAACUCGCUUUCGGAGAGCUCGGCGUCGACCAUGGUCGUCUCGUCCGGCCCGUAG